AUGGCGGGAGACCUUUCGUUACAGUUACUUAAGCAAAUGCAACGUGAAAUGCAAGAGAUGAGGGUCGAGAUAGCUGCAAUGCGGGCUGAAAGAGCAAAUGUUCAAAACAGAUUACCUACACAUUCUGUGCACUUGGAAACAGUGAACAUUGAAAGUGAAGAGAGUGGUCAUCAGGCCACUAUAGGAGAGGGACGGAGGAGAAAAAAUGAUGUUCAAUUAAAUAUCAACGGAGGAGGGGUGAACAGACAUGACGAACAAGAAAGAAGAGGCGAUGGAGGAGCAAAUGUCCGAAAUAGAGGAGAACAAGAUGGAAAUGGCCACGAACAGAGUAGACGUAGAGGUGAGGAGAACAAUCUGAAUGUAGCUCAGAGGAAUGGUGUCGUCAAGGUGGAAGGUGAAAACAGUGGAGCCAACUUCAACAAUCAUAAUGACGACCAUCGAAAUGUAUCGGACGGACGGGGCACGACUGUAGCCGAUCGGGACCCUGAUAGACCCGAUCAAGCAGAGGGGCUCCACCUUUUCACUGCACGCGUAAUGCGAAUGGCUAUGCCAGAAAAUAAAGUAUUGCCUACGAUGGAGAGAUAUGGAGGUUCGACGGAUCCCAUCAAGCACCUCCGAUCUUUCAUCGACGCUAUGGCAGUAUAUUCAUCCGAUGAAAUGGUGUGGUGUCGAGUUUUCUCCUUGUCACUAAAAGGAGAGGCUUUGGAUUGGUUUCAUUCACUUUUACCCCAAACGAUUGACAGUUUCGCUACCUUUAGAAGAUUGUUCAGUCAACAAUACAUAUCGAGCAAGACACCCGGGAUGACUUAUACAACCUUGAUGAGGAUGAGACAAGGAAGAGAGGAGUCACUUAAAGGAUUCAUGGAGAGAUUCAACAGAACAGCACGACAAGUACGUAAUAUUGAUCAGAGGUUAAUAGUCAGUGCCUUAACUUCUGCUCUGAAACCUGGACCGUUCGUGGAUUAUUUGUAUGCUGAGGAGCCCCAAAAUAUGGCUGAGUUACAGAAUAAGCUAACCAGCUUCAUUCGUAUAGAAGAAGGCAGAGCCUAUCACAAGGGGCAAGAAAUUGAACCAAGAGGACAAAUAAAAAAGGAGAAUACAAAUCGGAGAAUACCCAGAAUAGAAGAAGGACCGAACGGGCAACGAAGAGUAGAACAAUCAUGA